GUUAAGCUUGUCAAAUCCAACAACGACGAUGAAUGGAGCUCCUCGCAAACGGCACUACACAGGACGCGCCGAGGACGUGGAAGUGACCCAAACUCCUUCCCACAAGAAAGCGCGGACACUCGUUACCCCACAGACAGUGCCGAAACUCUCAGCGGUCAGCAGAAGCCACAGCAGAAUCCGUCAACAUGAAGUGACAAACCCCGAGUCCGAAGAGAUUGAAGAAGAGGAAGAAAUCGAGGGAGAACACCUCACAGAGAUGCAAAGUCAAGACACAGAGGAGGAAGAAGAAGGUGCCAUGCCUCUUGUGGUCUUCCAAUGCAGCACAUGUCGCUCCAUCUUUGGAGAUUCCUACGCCUUCGUGUGCUCGACGGAGCAGCUCUGGCUGGUUACGUUGAGUCAUGUAACUAACGUGGCGCUAGCCCCUGAAGUACAAACAGCCAAUACUGGUCUAGACGCAGGUAGUUCGUACUAUGAGCUGCUGUGUCAUAACUGCCAGGCCGUCCUCGGACGCAAAUAUUUAACGACGCCAGUGGUGCUGGACGGGAUCAGAGACUUGUUUAGCUUUUCAACCGAGGCUAUCACGAGUUACACACUGGGAGACCCCAUGCAAAAAGGUGAAGGUGGAGAAGAUGAGUGGAUGAAACAAGCAGCAGUGGUGUGUCAUGAAGCGAUGCAGAAACUAGCAGUGGAUAGGAGCGAAGUGGCGAGAUUGCGAGAUGAAAUGGAGAAGGUCAAAGGUCUCAUGGUGACAGUGGACGACCGGCUUGCACACUUGGAAGGAGCUGCACCUGAAUCGGAAGACGAGAUCGAGCGCGACCAAGAACAGGAGCAGACAGCACGGCAACAUGGUAGGAAAUCCAAGGCCUAAGAUCAAAUGCAUACAUUGCUUUAUGUCGGCGUCAGCGUUCCUCACAUCCUGGCAGCUUACUGAGUAGACUCAGCUUGAGCUUCAAAAACAGCGCGAGCUGCCUCAAUGCCCGUCGGCGGCUUCGCCUUGCGCAUCUCACCCGGUCUACACAGCAAAUAACAAUUACAGCGUCAGUCAAGAGCUCCAUGGCUCUUACAAGUCGUGCUAUCCAUACCGGUCGACGUAUUCAAUAACAGCCAUCUCAGCGCCGUCACCCUUGCGGAAAUCGGCCUUGAGGAUGCGCGUGUAGCCGCCCUCGCGAAGCCUGCACAUAACAACACCACCCUGUUAUCAGUCUGUAACAUUUUGAAUGCAUGCCCAAUAUCAGCAGCACGCACGCGUAGCGAGGACCCACGACGUCGAAGAGUUUGGUGACUGCCUCGGGCGUGCGCAGGAUGCUCUGGGCACGCUUGCGAGCAGGUUCAUCGCCCUGCUUGGCCAUCGUCACCACCUUUUCGGCCACACGACGCAGCUCUUUCGCCUUGGGCAGCGUCGUGCGAAUGCGCUCGUGCUCGAUGAGCUGCGUCACCAUGGUACUGUGUCAUUAUAGUCAAUUAGCUGAUACUGUCGAUCUAAAGCGUACUAAACGAUAAUAGAAACGUGAAAAGAUAGGGACAAGGGGUGGGAAACAUACC